AUGCCUCCACCGGUGGUGGCGUUCGCUCUCGGCAGUCUAGGGUUCCUCACACCACACUCUUUCGAAAAGUAUCGAGAGCUCCUUAACAAGGUCUUUGACGCACCAGUAGAGGAUGUACUCAAGGCGAAUGAUGAGGAAAAAUCAAAGUUAGACAGUGGACCAGCGCGAUCGGGCUUGUCGGGUAUCUAA